UAACAGAAUACAAAAUGUACGUCUGUCUGAGUGGCAAAGCUUAUCUACAUAACACAAGCAAAACUACAAGUUGAGAACUUGAUAGGGCAAUUAUCACAAGGAAUCGCAUCACAUCUCGCGUCGUUUAGAAGAAUUUUGCAUUGAAUCGUCGUCUUUGGAGCACAGUGGUGUGAUCAACUUGACAGCGAAUGACAUUAGCAGUUUUGUGGCAUCGUUCCGGAUCGAUGACGGCCUUCAGGAGCGGAGGAGGAGCACGGAUUGUCGCAGAGUUGGUUCUUCUUUCGUGGAUCUUUCUCACAUAUUCUUCUGGUGGAAUCGUGUCAGCACAGGCCGCCCAGCCGGAGAAGUUUCCGUAUUACAAUCUCUGGGCGUCGCAGGAUGGCGAAACCCACUUCGCCGCAUGCAACAUGCAGGGUUUCAACCUGACGCCAUACGCUUCGUUGCCGCAGUACUUGCGGACGGACUUCGGCGGGGAACCGAUCGAGAUGGUGUUUACGGAGCUGCCCGUGGCAUUAGACCAGCCACUGCACAGCCCUCCUCAGGUUCAAUUUGUCAUCACUCUCUCGGGAUCCUGGUUUACGAAGACUAGCGACGGCACUCGGCAUGAGUACGUCGCUGGAGACAUCAUGUUUCAAGACAACACAAAGAAUUCCUCAGCUGACAAGCAGCCCCAGCACUACUCAGGCACCGUAGGAGACGUGCCUUGCCAUCAGCUAGUCGUUCAAAUCUCCAGGCCUCCUCAAGUGGACAGUCCAUGCCCUUUUUAACGCAGAUAUCAAGAAGCCCCAGAGUAUAAAACAUCACAAGUUCAAAAGGAUUUCAACUUUUAUUAACAUAAAUCUUUAGUCAGCAACCAGCUCCAACUACUCCCGUCUUUUCUCGAAUGCUCAGCAGAAUUUCAAAGCUGCUUCUGCGUGAGGGCCUUGUGAAGUUCGCAAGCUAUGACUAACUCCGCAGCGAUGCUGGGCUCGUUCGCAGAGUGGCCGGCCGAAGUUACAAGCUGCAUACAGGCAAUUUUAGCAACAUGAGAAUCCUAUGAAUUGUUUGUAACCUCAUACAGAAUUAGGUCCGAAAUUUACCAAAAUAUACCAAUAAAUUCUUUACAAGACAAACUAG